CGCUCGUGAGUUUGGUUACCCACUCCUGCCUUCUAAAAAACCAACCAACCAGCGAAGGUCCCACCCAUGGGAAAGCCGGAAGUUGCUAAACGGCCCCGUGAACUGCCGUCACCUGCCGUGACUGUCCCACGGCUGCCGUCGACGGCUAUCGUUAAACCUUAAAAGAGCUGAUCCCCUGCCUCUAACGUCGUCCACGGCUUCCGUCUUCUCCUACAAACCCUAGAGGACGAAACCCUAGAAACCCCUGGUUAUACGCAGGCACAAUUGUAUGGCCUGCGAAGAUGAUUUUGUUAUGCUGGACACAGCCCAAGCAGCGACGCACAGUCAUGCACACCAUCACCAUCAACAUCAACAUGCUCAUUCCCAUCCCCAUCCGCAGCCCUUUCCUGCAGUAGCGCAGUUCCACAAACCCCACGGUCACAUUGAUCCACACGCGCUCAACAGCGUGGAAAGCCGCAAGAAGAUCGCUGGCGAGGAUGAAGAUUACAGUGAUGCCGCCUUCUGCUCGCAUGGGGAUCCCAAAUGCUCGCCUGAUUUUGCCCCAGACAUGGGGGCUCCACAUCACCACCAUCAUCACCAUCACCACGACUGUUUUGCCGAGGAUGGCUUUCGAACCUGCGAUCAGGAGCCCUCCAAGCGCUGCACCACGGCCGGGGCAGUCAAGCGGGGGAAGCGCAAGGACUCUUCCCGUGAGGAAUUGAGUGAUGGUGGAACUUAUUAUCACAGGAAAACCAAAUCCUCUGGUGGUGGGGAUUAUAAGAAAGAUAGAGAAGAAUGGAGUGAUACAGCCAUUGGAUGCUUAUUGGAUGCAUAUACUGAGAAAUAUGUGCAGCUCAACAGGGGAAAUUUACGUGGCCGAGAUUGGGAGGAGGUUGCACUUGUUGUCAGUGAGCGUUGUGAGAGGCAGAAAUCAGCUAAGAGCAUUGAGCAGUGUAAGAAUAAGGUGGAUAAUUUGAAGAAGAGGUAUAAGUCUGAGAGGCACAGGUUGAGUAGUGGGUCUUCUGCUGUUAGCCAUUGGCCUUGGUAUAAAAAAAUGGAUCAGAUUGUUGGGUCUUCGGUUACCAAGGCUGUUUCAGAUGAAGAUAAGUCAAUGAGUGGUGCUGGGGCUAUAAUUAUGGCAAGGCCUACCAAGAGGUUUGCUGCAGCAACUUCUCCGGGUGGUCUUUCUAACAAUUUAAAAACUAAAACUCUAUCAGUUCCAAGAUGGCGUAGAGUGCUACUCAAAAUAAGUGGAACAGCUUUAGCCGGGAAUGCACAAAAUGUUGAUCCAAAGGUGACAAUGUUAAUAGCCAGAGAAAUUGCAGCUGUUAAUCGCCUUGGUGUAGAGGUUGCAAUAAUUGUAGGAGGUCGAAACUUCUUCUGUGGAUCUUCAUGGGUGGGAUCUACUGGUCUAGACAGAGCUUCUGCGGAUCAGAUAGGGAUGAUGGCAACAGUCAUGAAUUCCAUAAUUCUACAAGCAUCCAUGGAGAACUUAGGUGUUCAAACUCGUGUCCAGACAGCUUUCAAAAUGGCCGAGGUUGCAGAACCAUACAUUAGACGUCGGGCAAUCCGUCAUCUUGAAAAAGGCAGAGUGGUCAUAUUUGGUGGAGGGACUGGAAAUCCUUUCUUCAGUACCGAUACAGCAGCUGCUCUCCGAGCUUCUGAGAUUAAUGCUGAGGUAGUUCUGAAAGGAACAAAUGUAGAUGGGGUCUAUGAUUGUGAUCCCAGAAAGAGCAAUAAUACUAUAAUUGACCACAUAUCAUAUAGGGACUUUGCUGCCAAAGGUCUUUCAACUGCAAUGGACAUAACAGCUAUAACUCUGUGUGAAGAAAAUUGCAUUCCAGUUGUGGUGUUUAAUUUGCACGAGCCAGGAAAUAUUUCAAGGGCUCUGAGUGGGGACCAAAUUGGCACUCUCAUUGACCAAAUGGGAAAAAUUGGCUAGUCCAUGUUUUGCUAGAGAUGGAACUGUAGUUGACAAAAUGAUUGAGAUUGGCUACUCAUGCUUCUUAUACAAGAGAUGGAUCUUCAGUAUGGGAUAUUUGUUCAAUUUGAGAGGUUGCGAGUGUCACUGUCCGAGGAAAUUCUGUGCCUUGAUGAAACCAUGAAUUGACAUGAUUAUUUCCCUUCACUAGAAACAAAUGAAUACUCCAAGUCAUACCAUCGUGGAGACACCAGGAUUUCAGCAGGAUGGCAACUUUCAUCCAGAUGGAUGGCUAUUAAGAAGUAUGGAAUUUGUAGGAUUGAGAUGGUCUCCUCAGAAUUGGUGGUUCCCCAGUAUGCAGCAGAGUAUGAGGCCUCUUUGUAUGUUAUAUUAUAUGCUAAUUUUUUGGCUCACUAGAAAGAGUCACAGUGUUGACAGUGAAUCAAAUUAUAUUGUAAAAGAAACGACGCAGGUUGGGUUUUGUGAUAUAUAGAUUUUUUUCACAAUAAAUAAUUGAAAAAACAUCUUUUGUUCAUAAUAGAAAAAUUACUUUAUCUUGUUCA